UGUAUUGUCUCCUUUUGUAUAAAAGAGAGAUACAUUCUUGUUAGUUCUUUCUGAUUCUCUCAAAACGAUUAGGUUCUGGAAUAUAAAAAGAGCAACAUUAUUCUUGGAAAAUGCAUUUGGUCGCCACUCUUCUUUCGGUUACCAUCUUGUCGACCUCCGCCUUGGGAUGGACUGUAAAGGAACUUGGUCACAUCGACAUCCCUUUCGCAGCCUUCACCUCCGUCAUCCCAGAUCCGAACACCGGGGUGAAAACGGUGACGAUCAGCACCUUCAACCCUAUUCCCAAAACGACCGAUGACAUCUUCAUCAUACGUGACGUCAGAGCUCAGCUCGCAUUCAGAGGAGCAGAUGCCUUGGAGACGGAGGUCUUGGCGGGUGGGAUGUUAUGGCCGAAUGAGGUUGAGGAAAUACCAGAUGAUGUAUUUGGUCGACAUGGUUUAUGGUGGGUAGCCAAUGGCUUCUUAGUUCCGACCAAAACUGACGGAAAUAUCGAGAUCAUCGAGGCAGGCAACGACACUUCAUUAGGACCAGCUACAACUUAUGACAUCACAUCCCGCAUCCUCGAUACAUCAAGAUGGUUCUAUCACCGAGUCGUGUUUGUCGACAUGGAUCAGGAUGGACUGAAGGACGCCCUCACAUGUCGGGCCUACGUACCAGUCGUCGGAGAAGUGAAGGCAGAGAUGGUCUGGUUUAAACACCCUCAGAUUGGUGAUCCCCUCUCAAAGCCAUGGGAGGAGAAAGUCAUGUUCACAGGACCCGACGCGUUCUUUAGAUAUGAAGAGCUACCAGUCCCUGGAUCACGCACCGACAAACGCUUCUCCAUUUUCAGCACGCAGUAUUUUGCGGAGCAGCUGGUUGUUUCGUGGUCAGAAGGUGUUCAAGCCGACUGGACUAAUAUCAAGCACAGAGUGAUCGACAACGUACCAGAUGAGAGGUUCUUUGAGUGUGAGAUUGUCGAUUUAAAUGGUGACGGAAGGCUCGAUCUUUUAGUAACUGCAAACAGUGAAACUAAUGGCAAGUUACUAGCCUACGAGAUCCCUGACGACUGGGAAAAUGGUAUCUGGGUUCGACAGGUGAUCGCUGAAGGCUUCAAACCUAACAGCCCUAUCACCGUUGAGGGCAUGGGUUCACCCGGGGUAGCAUUCACAAUCAAUCCAGACAGCAGCACCACGAGGCGCAAACCAAUGAUCACCAUGGCAGGCGACGAUGACAGCAACGUAUACAUUUUCGAAGCCGUCAAUGACGACGACGUCAACGACUGGCGAUACACCAAGAACUCGAUCUUCGUUGCCGAACACGGAACGGUUGGCUCCAUGUCUUUUGCUGACGUCACCGGUGAUGGCUUGGCGGAGAUCUUUGUUCCAGCUUACACAGACGGCCAGCUCCACGUUCUGACCUUUGAACCUUAAAUUCAAACUGCCCGUUAAGAGGCUCGUAGUAGAAAGCUAGCAAAAUGUCGAUUCUGAUUGGUUAAAAGUUGCUCCCGUUAUGAUAGUCAGCAUAUCGUUCUUAUAGUUAGAUUAGCCUUAUCAUUUCGAAUUGACAUUUGGAUUUGGAUAAAUGGGCUGAUUGGUUUGAGAAGAAAAAAAAAAGAUGUUUAUGAUGAAGCGAUAUUUGAAAUAUAUUCAAUGGAAAAAUAAUCACAGGAAAAUAAUGAAAUUCAUUAAAAUUUUGAUGGCAAAACUAUAUAUAGUCAUGAUAGCACACAUUAUAAAAUAGAUUGAGCAAGUUGUAAUAAACCGGUUUUACAAAUUUAACAGCAUUCCUCCAGAUUAUGUUUUAUCACUGAUGGAUGAAUGUGAAAAAUAUGAAGUGUAAUUAGAUAAUAUCUUUAUGUUAUAUAAAUAAAGAUUUUUAGAUAUCAAGUUCAUUGAAAUGACCUUUCGAACACUGUAAAUGUUUGGUAAUAUCUUUCUCUUACCAAACGACAAAGUGAGCUAAAGAAUAUCAUAACAUAUUAUGUUCUAUUUCGGACGAUAAUAUUUUUCUGGUAACAAGUAUUUUUAUGGCAAUGUGUAGUUAUAAAGAAAAGAUAAAGUAGAAUUAUUUCAAAGAAAAUGUGUUUUUUAAGACUCAAAAGACUUGAUCAAAUAAUAAAAUAAAUGCUAACAAGUAAAAGUAAUAAAUGAAA